AUGCUGGUCGUUGGAUUAACUGGCGGAAUAGCCACGGGUAAAUCGACAGUGACGCAGCGACUAAGAGAGGAGCACAAGCUGCGAGUGAUUGAUUUAGAUAGCGUUGCCAGGCAGGUCGUUGAGCCAAACACCCCAGCUCUGCGCAGCAUAGCCGACCGCUACGGCGACAGAGUGUUGAAAUGGGAUGAGCCAUCCAAUCAACACACUCUUAACCGCCCAGCACUCGCGCGUAUCCUUUUCGACGACAAGGCCGAGAAGAAGUGGAUAGAGAGUGUUCUCCACCCGGAAAUACUCAAGCGGACAGCGUGGGAGGUGCUCAAGGCUUAUGCGAGUCUGUCGCGUGUCGUCGUGCUCGAUGUGCCCCUCCUCUUUGAAGCCAAUCUGCAUCGUUACGUGGGGGUGAGGACACUGGUUUAUUCUUCUCAAGAUGUUCAGCUGCACAGACUCAUGCAGAGAGAUGGCAUCAGCGAGCACGAUGCACAGAAGAAGAUAGCCGCACAGCUCCCCAUCGACGUCAAGGUCGAUAUGGCUGAUCAGGUGGUGCACAACGAUAGCAGCAGGGAGGAGACGUAUAGAGAGGUGGAUGGCGUGGUGAGUGAGUGGUGCGCCAGGACGCGCUAUUGGUAUCUUCUCCAGUGGCUUUGUCCGCCGUUAGCUGCCAUCCAAGCUGCGUGGGCUGUGUGGUGGAGUGGGAGGGGUAAUCAGGGUGGUGUAAAACAAGAGUAG